AUGUCAAGCAUCAGAAGUCUACGCAACAACAGGUCCAGUCGAUACUCAAGUCCUGCGACCUUUGCCUCGAACCACCAGGAACCCGAGCCUGCUGCACAGGAGACGAUCGAAGUUCAGCCGCCACAGAAUGGAGUGGAGAGACUGCCACAGUCGAGGUUGGACCACUGGGUUGAGCCCGUUGUCCGCCAUGGCGUCGCCAGUUUCGAGGAUACAAAGGGCUUGGAAAGAGUCGGCGUCUUGGAACACAUGCAGCCCUUGGGUGUUGCGCCGAACCCGAAGCUACUAUCGAGGCUGAAGGUCAAUCUCUCGAGGCCGUCAGCCAGUGCAAGAGGAACGCCUGGUCAAAGUGAGGGUGUGGCCAGUCCAAGUGUUGAGCCUGCAAGUGCAAAGGAUGACGCGCCUUCUCCUGUAAUUGACCCCGAACUAUUGAUCGAAACUCCUCCACUACCUCUGCAACCUCUCCCUCAAACAUACCAUGAGCCGCAACCGCAAUUAGCGACCUUUCCUCAAUCUACGCCGCCUCCUGUAUCAGACUCAUUUCCGCAGCUAUCGUCGCCUGUGAUCAUGAGUCCGCCACGAGGAAGACCUGCAAAGAAAGAAGUCGAAGAAAUGCGUGUCUAUGGCGAUGAAAACGCUGUCUCUCCUGCCUUCACAAAUACUUCGCGUCAGUCAAGGGCAUCCCCUCGACAUUCGUCCAUUCAAGAACAUCAGAAGGAGGAGAGAUUCAAAGGCUACAUUCGAAGUGCUAUCAGUAAGGCGAGCCAGGAGGGUAAGGAUGAUGUCGUUUCUGGUCUCACCAGUGUUCUCGCUGAAGCUGGCCGUGACGAGCUUCUGACUGCGUUGGAGAACAUCUCGAAAUACAAGGGCAGUGUUAGAGUUGAACAGUUCAAGGUCUUCAAGCAUUAUAUUAAGAAAGGUAUUCGCAAGCAUCGACGCAACUCUUCUCUAUACAACUACAACAACAACGACGACGACAACGACUCGAACCCGUCGAUUCCUGCAUUAUCACAGCAGACACCUGUCGCUUAUGUCUCGAGUUUUCAUGCCAACAUAAAGAAACCUUCACCAGUGGGUUCUCCCAAACAAAGCGACACUGUCACUAGGUCUCCUUUGACUCUAAGGACGACAUUCCCUGACGUUUCGAACAAUGUGUCACCUCCCAAGCUGUUUCUUCAUUCCCCCUCGCAGACAGAGCACGCGCCCAUGGAUAUACCGCCAUCUCAGCACGACGAAUCAUUUCCUGUUUUACCACAAAAACGCACACCACGUAAAAGACGGUCGAGCAGUACGUCCUCACUAAGCUCCGCGAUAUCUGUCGCUUCAAGUCUUGAACCGGUACCGAAUUUACUGCCAGUGUCGAACAUUCGGGACCAGUCAUCAGAAGCGAAACCUGCCAGAUCGGCUGGCUCACGCCAAGCCCCGAUCCGGGCAGCAUCUAGCAGAGCAACACGUUUGUCAGGCACUGACCAACAACAAACUGAUUUAUCACAAUUCGAAGCUCGCAAUACCAAAAACCUCAACAUUGUGAACAACAACUCAGAAGCUAAACGUCGAAAGUUGCUGAAUCGGAUAGCCACAGUUCCAGACUACGACCAGGCAGAAAUCGAUCGACGGCGAAGAGAAUUUGAUAGAAACUUGAAGCGCGAUGUUCGUGAAGGACGGGAAACGGUGCAUCUGAGAAGACCGAUAUCAAUACCAGAAGGUGAGGACGAUUUAACGAGCAUCACUGUUGAGCCACGACCUCCGCCGCCCGUUAUACAUCCCAACAGUUUGGUGCAUGCGACUGCUCAAGCAUCGUCCCCAGCGACAGCUGAAUUUCCAGCCGUCAAUGGUACAAGCAAGAAGCGUGAUUACGAUGAGUUUACAAGAGACGACUUGUCUUCACGAUUAUCGACGCCCGACACAAUAUCCUCUACCGACCUACCAGCGCCACAUAUCGUCAAUCGGCUUAGCAGUGCCGCGCCUAGCAGUCGUGCACCAACACCUCGAGCUGCAAAGAACGGUCAGAUGAAGCCUACCCAGCUCAUCAAAGGCCGAACUUCACUGCGAACCAUGAUCUCACCCAAAAAACCCAAAAACGAUGGCAGCAGCACAGGUGUAAUACGUGCGGGGCCAGAGAAUGACACGGUAAUGACCAAUGGUACCGAUGCGGAUGCAGAGGAGAACCAGAACGAAGACGAAUGUCGUGCUUGUGGUGAUGCAGGUCUUUUAGUCCUUUGCGAAAGUUGUCCAAAUUCAUUUCACCCAGGAUGUCUAGAACCGCCACUUGAUCCGGACGACCCUAAACUGGCAGAAGAUCAGAAGUGGUACUGUCCCCUGUGCGAAGCUAAGCGCAGACCUGAGACGGCCAAGUCUGAUGGCUUUAUGAGCGAAUUAAUCAGCAAUGUUAGCGAUGCAUAUCCGAAAGCAUACGACCUACCACAAGAUAUCCGGGAUUACUUCGAGAACGUUUCCACCGGUGCAGAUGGUGAGUACGUCGAGGCGAUAGUGCCACCAACGAACAAGAAAUGGCCCUUGAGAGCCGACAACAAUGGAGCUGUGAAGCUUCCAAACUACAAAGACAUCAGAGAUAGGCAGGGCAACCUGCGAUUCUGCUACAAAUGUGGCAAAGGAACCGACGGAGAGCGAGACAUGAUGCCUUGCGAUUACUGCCCCAAAGAAUGGCAUCUUGACUGCCUCGAUCCUCCAGCACCCGUUGUACCAAAACGUAUAGGUGCUGAUGGCAAGGCGCCUCCUCCAUGGAGGUGUCCCCUUCACGUCGAUCAUGAUAUGAUCGAGAUCAGUCGAGCUGGUGGUCUAAAGACUGGGAUGCUAGGAAGGAUACCGCGCCUUCGACGACCAAGAAGGCAAGUACGCUCGGUGCAACAGUCCACUUCUCGACCUUUGUACCCUAAUAAUGGUGUCAUCGAUAUCGAACACGAGCCCGAAUCCGAGGUUACUUUGAAGGAGAUCGACAUGCAAGGCACUGUGCAGAAAAUUCCAGAAAAGGGUAUUCGCCUUGAUUUCAUCGCCAAAGCCAAUCGCGAUCGCUACAACGAGUAUGUUAAUAAAGAUGCUCGAGGCAUCGUGUCUCAUCAAACUUGGGCUAAAUCCUGGCUGCCUGAUCAUCCACGAUUUAGGGAUCAACCAGCCCCAUUAACAUCUGACAUUACCACGCCGGAGCAGCAAGAACAAAGGUCGAGGUUCUAUUCGUUGUCUCUUCCUGAUCAACAGGUGAUCCUCAGUCUUUCUGACCUGAAAAAUUCAACCAACUCCACGAAUGGGCUCAAUCGUUCCACGACCGAUCGAUACAUGGACGACUUGGUCAACGUGCUUAUCGCAGAAGCACCUGCUGAGGUGUCCCGGCAAACCAAUAUGUCAGAAGUGGAGCGAUUGACGGUCUUGGAGGAUCUGAUCAAGCGCCGUAAAGACAUUUUGACAAGAGCGAGCACAAACAGUGGAACUACGCAAGCCGACCUACCACCGAUGCAAACGAAGAGCAAAAAGGUGGACACACCGAAAGUGAAUGGCACCCUUGGACACGACCAUAGCGAGUAA